AUGCAUGCUCCGGCAGAUCUACCGUCGGCGCCCGGCGCCCCACCGGAUGGAGAUCCGGCAAGGACCUUCAAGAGAUUCAGGGGGUCUAAGAGAUCGUUUGCGGACGCGGUGACGGCGGCAACGGCCAUCCCUGAACCCGGCGAUGACGCGAUGGUUGAAGCUGAUAACGAUGGCUGGCUCAGCGAGGAGAUUUUAGCGGCCUUGGAGAAGGAAAUGGUGCCUCCGGAGAACCCACUGGGUCUCCCGGUGGUCACGUUCUCAAAGGAGCUCCGGAAAGAAAUCGUCCAACCUUGGAGGAACGCUCUGACUUUGAAAUUUCUUGGUAAGCGGAUCGCGUUUAACCUUCUGCUAAACCGCCUCUCUAGGAUGUGGAACACAGAGGGAAAAUUUCAGUUGAUUGAUCUGGGCUAUAACUGGUACGUUGCCCGUUUCGAUCGGGCGAAAGACUGCAUGAACGCCCUUGUUGGCGGUCCUUAUAAAGUUUUCAACCAUUAUGUCGUGCCUCAACGUUGGACCCCAAGGUUCAAUCCGGCCAAAGCCACCGUAGAGAAGAUGACAGUCUGGGUUAGGUUGCCAGGACUACUGGUGGAGCUCUUUCGAAACGACACUAUCAAAAAAAUUCUUCGACAGGUGGGAACUCCGGUGAAACUGGAUAGAACCACCACUGGAGUUGAUCAGGGACAUUUUGAACGUGCUGCGGUGGAAGUAGAUCUCAAGAAACCACUCACGUCUAUGAUUAUUGUGGAGGAUUGGAUUCAGCAGGUGGAAUUUGAAGGACUCCACACCAUUUGUUUUUAUUGUGGAGAAGUAGGACAUAGAUCCAAUGUCUGUCCAAAGAACAAGCAGGUGGUUGCUGAUCAGACGGAGCAACAGGCCGCCUCUCCUAUGGAACAGACAGAGACCACCGUCAACACCCCUCCGGAACCUGCACCGGAGAUGUGGAGGUAUGGUCAGUGGAUGAUCGUCCAAAAUAAGCACGCGAAUCAGGGAAAAACAAAACAAGAAGUCCCCUCCCAAGGUGACGCAAAAAGAAAAAGGGAAGGCACCAUCACAAUCUCCUAG